AGUAAUUACCGUUGUCAAAAUUAGUCAAACCAAGCCUCCAGUUUCCCCGAUCUUCUCCUUUGUCAAAAUAACCGCCUCUAAUCAAUCCUCUUCUAAAUCGUUUCCCUCAUCAAUCCAGUAACCGUCACCGAAAUGCACUCCACAAAGCUCCGCCGGAAAGUGGCUCCGGCCAACGGAGACGCUGACAAUUCCGCCGAUAAGCAGGACCAGCUCCUCCUCUCAGCCGCCAUCUGCAACGGGGAGGACCUCGGUCCUUUCGUCCGCAAGGCUUUCGCUUCCGGCAAGCCUGAGACACUUCUCCACAAUCUCCGACAGUUCUCCCGCUCCAAAGAGUCAGAAAUCGAGGAAGUUUGCAAAGCUCACUAUCAAGACUUUAUUAUGGCCGUCGAUGACCUUCGAUCCUUACUCUCCGACGUAGAUUCACUGAAAUCAGCCCUCUCUGACUCCAACUCUAAGCUUCAGUCUGUAGCGGGUCCUCUCUUAACCGUCCUUGAUUCUUAUAUAGAGGCCCAAACCGUCUCUCGCAAUGUGAACUUAGCUCUUACUUCAAUCAUGUCUUGUAUCAAGCUCAUGGAGCUAUGCUCCAGAGCCAACGAUCAUUUAUCCAGUGGUAACUUCUACAUGGCCUUGAAGUGCGUGUAUACGAUCGAGAACGAGUUAUUGGAUAGCACGCCAUCGUCUACUUUGAAGAGGAUGUUGGAGAAGAAGAUACCGGAGAUUCGAUCGCAUAUAGAGAGGAAAGUGAGCAAAGAGUUUGGUGACUGGCUUGUGGAGAUCCGUGUAGUAAGUCGCAAUUUGGGUCAGUUGGCUAUCGGUCAAGCUUCGGCGGCGAGGCAGCGAGAGGAAGACCUGAGAAUCAAGCAGAGGCAAGCUGAAGAGCAAAGCCGUCUCAGUUUGCGAGAUUGCGUGUAUGCUUUGCAAGAGGAAGAUGACGACGACGGCAUAAAUGGUGGAAUAGGAGAUGAUGGUAAAGAUGGGUACAGUAAUGGUGGCAGUGCGUUGUUAGGGUUCGAUUUGACUCCGCUGUAUCGAGCUUAUCAUAUCCACCAGACAUUAGGACUUGAGGAUCGGUUUAGGCAGUAUUAUUUUGAGAAUAGGAAGCUUCAGUUGACUUCAGAUUUUCAGGUAUCAUCCAUGACCCCUUUCCUUGAAUCUCAUCAAACUUUUUUUGCGCAAAUUGCUGGAUUUUUUAUAGUAGAAGAUCGGAUAUUGAGGACUGGAGGAGGUCUCAUCUCGAGAAUGGACGUUGAAAAUUUGUGGGAGACUGCCGUUAGUAAGAUGUGUUCAGUGUUAGAAGAUCAGUUUUCUCGGAUGCAAACUGCAAAUCAUCUUUUGUUAAUCAAGGAUUAUGUGAGCUUGCUUGGGGUGACUUUGCGCAGAUAUGGGUACCCAGUAGAUGCUUUAUUAGAUGUUUUGAGCAAACACAGGGAUAAGUACCAUGAGUUACUGUUGUCUGAUUGUCGCAAGCAGAUAGCAGAGGCACUCGCUGCUGAUAAGUUUGAGCAGAUGCUAAUGAAAAAAGAAUAUGAAUACUCGAUGAAUGUUCUUUCAUUUCAGCUACAGACAUCGGAUAUUAUCCCGGCAUUUCCCUAUGUUGCACCUUUUUCAUCCACGGUGCCAGAUUGUUGUCGAAUUGUGCGGUCCUUUAUCGAAGAUUCAGUGAGUUUUAUGUCCUAUGGUGGGCAGCUUGAUUUCUUUGAUGUUGUAAAGAAAUAUUUGGACCGGUUAUUGGGUGAGGUUCUGGAUGAAGCUUUACUGAAACUUAUAAAUACAUCAGUCCAUGGGGUUUCCCAAGCAAUGCAGGUUGCUGCAAAUAUGGCUGUGAUUGAACGUGCUUGUGAUUUCUUUUUUCGACAUGCUGCACAACUGUCUGGCAUUCCCUUGAGAAUGGCAGAGAGAGGUAGGAGGCAGUUUCCACUAAACAAAGCUCGAGAUGCUGCGGAAGAGAUGCUAUCUGGGUUGCUUAAACAGAAGGUUGAUGGUUUCAUGACAUUGAUUGAGAACGUGAAUUGGAUGGCGGAUGAGCCCAUACAGAAUGGAAAUGAAUAUGUGAAUGAGGUCAUAAUAUAUUUGGAAACUCUGGUUUCUACUGCUCAACAGAUAUUGCCAGCACAAGUUCUUAAAAGGGUCUUGCAAGAUGUUCUUUCUCACAUUUCAGAGACUAUUGUUGGGGCAUUAUAUGGGGACUCUGUUAAGAGAUUUAAUAUAAAUGCUAUCAUGGGGAUUGAUGUAGAUAUUCGGUUGUUGGAAUCUUUUGCAGAUAAUCAAGCUUCUUUGUUCACUGAGGGAGAUGCAAAUCAGUUGAAAACAGCACUUGCUGAGGCAAGGCAAUUGGCUAAUUUGCUUUUGAGCAAUCACCCUGAGAACUUUUUGAACGCUGUAAUUAGGGAGAGAAGCUACAAUGCUUUGGAUCAUAGGAAAGUUGUGACUAUAUCAGAGAAGUUGAGGGAUCAAUCAGAUAGACUAUUUGGAACUUUUGGGAGCAGGGGAGCCAGGCAGAAUCCCAAGAAGAAAUCUCUAGAUGCGAUGAUAAAAAGACUCAAGGAUGUCAGCUGAUUUGGUUCAAUGCUGAACGAAUUAUACUUGCUCUUUCUCUUAAUCUUUGAUGUAGGACUUGAUCUAUGGACUACCUUGAGCAUUUGACAGAGUGGUAUCAUCAGUGAUUACAUAAUUGCUUGGCAUGGGGAAUUGCGAUGAGUUGAUUGUUGACAAUAGCGAGUGUAUUAUUGGUGGCAACAAUAGCUUAAGAACAAUAGGCCUGUAUCAGGGUUGUAUGGCCAGCGGUUGUUAAAAGCAAAGCCUACAGAACAAUGUACUUUUGUUGGAGAUUCCGUGCUUUUACUCUGAUGCAUUGCUGUAUUUUAGAAGGUGGAUAUCAAUCCAACUUAUUUGACAAUUGGAACUUGGAAGUAAAAAGCAUCAUAGCCAACUACUACAUAGUUGCCAAACAACUUGGAACCUAAGGCCUCCUGUUUUCAGCUCACAAAUGUGGUCUUUCUCUAGUUGCAUUCUUUUAUAUAUCAUCUGUGAGUAUUCAUUUCAUUUGAUUUAACGAGGUUGUUUUACCUGUACCUCGUAUUCAGACUAGGUUAUUUUGUGGAAGAUUGUCAACCUGGCACUUGUAUUUUUAUGGCAGACAUAUCUUCUAAUAUAAUUUGGACUUAGAACAGUAAAAGAUAGUACAUAUUAACUAUAAGCUUGAGGUAUACUUUAAAAGCUUUGUUUUCA